AUGGCGCCGUCCUCGAAGGGUAACCCGAGCAAUGUGCUCGAGACGUUGUUCGAGUCGGUCGCCGCCAUCUUCGACCAGGUCCAGCUCUCGGUAGCCAACCACAAGAAGAAUUGCGUGGCACUGUAUAAACUGCACAUCAGCACGGUCGACAUCAAGGAGCCCGGAAAGCACGGCAAGCGCACCAAGCUCAUAGGCGAAAGGACGUUCCAGGAUGUGUUUAUCGAUAUGAUUAGUCGGGUGUUGGUGGUGAAGAAAGGUCCAGCUACUGCGGAUAAGACUAUUAAAUAUGUGGGGGCGUUUAUGAAGUAUAUGAAUGAAAAAGCUAUUGAAGCAAGGGUUAAAGCAAUAGAGGCUGCGGAAAAGGCAGGCACGACUCUGAGCGACGAAGACGAGGAUACACCAACUUCAAGAUUCAACUCUCGCAUGCUGAAAUGGCUAUCCCAGGGCUUUGUUGCAAAGAACAAGAUCGUACGAUUUAGCGAAGACGCGUAUAACGAACUACGGGAUGGUUUGAUUGAUCGUCUCAAUGAUAAAGAAGUAUUGGUUCGGACACACGCCACGAUCGCGCUUUCCAAGCUGCUGGGAGGCGAAAUUACAGAGGAAGUUCCUGAAGCUGAGCAAAUCAUCGUUCAAACACUACUAGAAACCCUCUCAACUGACCCUGCCGCUGAGGUUAGAAGAGCAAUCCUUCUCAAUAUCCCUCUCAUGCCAUCCACCUUGAGCGCCGUCCUCUCCCGCACGCGCGACGUCGACGCUGUAACACGAAAACUUGUCUAUAGCUCAGUCCUUCAAGUCAAAUUGGGACAUCCACGUCACCUCUCUAUAGCUCAGCGAGAACUUGUUGUCAAAGACGGUUUGGGCGACCGCGAGCCGGCUGUCAGAGUUGCCGCGGGCAAACUCGUGACGUCGUGGUACGAGAUGGUUCUAGGGGAGGAGACAGAAUCCAAGAAAAAGAAGGAGAACGAGGAAGGAAACGAAGGCGUUAAAGAGGAAGAAACAGAGGAAGAGCCUGAAAAGGAGAAAGAAAAGCCAACUUGGGUGGGAGAUGACGCUGGUGUGAUGAAGGCUUUAGUUCGCUUCUUGGGUCUCUUCGAUGUAAUAGGCGGAGAGGCCGUUGCUGCUGACGCCGUGCUCUCUGUUUUCACCACGCGACCUGAUUUGCCAGAUGUUUUCACUUUCUCAGAGGCUUUCUGGAAGAAUUUGACACCUGAAUCAGCCACCCUCGCCCGAAUUUUUGUCGAACAUUGCCACAGUACCGAAAACGAAGCUCGGCUUGAGUCAUCCUCUCUACCAGUGGUUACAGCGUUCGCCUUCGUCGCUAUGGAAGCCUAUAACGGUGUUUUGGGUGUUUUGGAGGAAAUUGAAACUGCAAGGCUUCUACAAGCCGGGCAGGAGGAGGAAAAUGAAGAACUGGAAGAGGAGCUCGCGAAACGCGAGGUUAUUUUGAGUGAACUCCUCAAAAUGGCGCUUAAGUUUGACUACGGUGAUGAGAUUGGACGGAGGAAGGUGUUCACUGUCGUCAAGGACAUGCUUGCCCAUCCCCAACUGCCUCCGGCACUCAUUGAACGCUGCCUUGACGUCCUCAAAGAAAUCAUGCCCUCGGAACGUGAUCUGAUCCGCGUCAUCGUAGAAAUAGUGGUUGAACUUCGGGAAGGCGAAGACGACGGCGAAAACGCCGAUGAACCUCCUAUCGAUGAUAAUCAGUCUGAUGUGUCUCAAGCCACUAUUAAGAAGCCUCGGAAGAAAAGUCGUGAUGAUAUGACCCCUGAAGAGCGCACGCGGGCGGAUUUGACGGAUGUUCGGUGCCUCAUGCUAUGUAUAGCUAUGUUGGAGCGCGUGAAUGGCACUUUUGAGGACAAUUCCACCCUUGAAGGUAUACUAGGCGACCUCAUCAUUCCAUGUGUGAAGAGGAAGGAGCUCGCGAUGAGGGAAAAGGCGCUUGUCAGUCUUGGGUUGUGCUGCCUGAUUGCCAAGAAUAUGGCUUUGAGCUCUUUCCAACUUUUCCUCAGCCAAGCGCAGAACGCGCCCACGGAGCUGAAAAUUCAGGUGCUGAAGAUUAUCAUGGACCUUUUGAUCAUGUAUGAUCAAGAAUUCUUUGGCCGCUCGGAAGAGACGGCCAAACAAAUUGUGGAUUUCUUAUUGCAGAUUCUUGAAACUGAGGAAUCUGCCGAAGCUCAAGCCGUCAUUGUGACUGGCUUAUGCAAACUUCUUCUCCCAGGGAUAAUUACUGAAACCAGGGUUCUGACCUCGCUCGCGCUGGUGUAUAUCUCACCUGCUACCUAUGAAAACCAAGAACUUCGUCAAUGCCUAUCUUAUUUCUUCCCCGUCUACUCAUACUCCGUGGCUGCCAACCAAAUUAGAAUGUCUUCCGUCUUCAUGGCGACAUUCGACCUCGCGCUUCGUAUGCAUGAAGAACUUGAUGAUGACCAGGAAAUGAUAUCGCCCUAUCAGUUCGGCCUCCUGAUGAUUGACUGGACGGACCCGCAGAAAUCUGUCGGAAUUAAAAAUGAGGAGACUAUGCACCUGCCCCAUGUUAACCUUGCAGUGGAAAUUUUGGUCGCCCUUUACGAUACUGAUCGCACAGUUGAUGUGCAGAAAAUGCUGUGUCAGCUUUUGGGCCAGCUGCAGAUUGGACCUGGAUUGGACAAUCGCUCAAUUCAUAAACUCAAUAUCCUGCUUUCCAACCACGAAGAGCAAGCACCCUUUGAAAAUGUAGCCGUCGAGAAGAUCUUUGACCGCUUCAAAAACAAGUUCACGACCAUGUUCGAGAAGGAGCUGAAAGAGAUCGAUCCACUGCAGUACGCAGAUGACGAAUUUAUAGAUCUGUACCAGCGCAUUGGCGUCGAUGCUCCUGAGCAAGGAUACGAUGGCAAGGUCCGCUUCCGCUCGAAAAAUAAACGGGGAGCUUUAAUGGUUGAGGAGGAGGAUGAAGACGAUGAGGAGGAGGAGGAAGGUGAUGAAGAGGAAGAGGUUGACGAGGAUGAGGAGGAGGAGGCGGCAGAGGAGGAGGUUGGUGGUAAUGAGGCGGCAGAACAAGAAGCGGCCGUUGUGGCGGAAGAUGAAGAUGCUGUCCAGGCUCCAACAGAGGAAGAUCAGGCUACUGAUAAAGCAGAAGAAAGCGAGGCUAAUAACGAAGAGCCUGAGGAAGCACAUGACGAGGAAAGUCCCGCAAAUUCUCCAACGCCGCCUCCCAAGCGAACUCGCAAACCGCCUGCUCGUAAAGCUGCCGCCAAACCCAAAGGGAAAGCUGGAUCGCGUAGCCGUAAAGCAGCUGCGGUCCCAGAAGAGACCGAAUCCCUGAAGUCUGAUGAAGAAAAUAUUCCCCCUCCUGUGGAAGUCGUCGCUACGCCUAAAAAGAAGAAGGGUGUAAAGAGAGCACAUACGCCGGGUUCUGGCCAAGUUACCUCUCCCGGUAAUCGCAAAAGGACAAGGGUUAAAGCUCCUCUAAAAUCGACCAAGGAAGUGACGUCGGAAGAAGAAUACGACAGCCCCUCUCCCAGCCCCGCAAAGCCUCCCGCGCGACAAACAAGAAAUGGCAAAGGCAAAGGUCGACUCGUCCCAAUCAAAGAGCCCACGCCUCAGAUAAGCUCGGACGAGGAAGAAGCAGACGAGGUAGCGGAUACACUAGCCAGUCCGAUGUUGACACCCACUCGCGCGACCGCAACCGCAGCCUCCUCUGACGACUUUGGUGGAUACUCUGAUUAA